UGAUGCCAACUGACUACAAGGCUGGAGAGAAGUCUGUAUGUUGAACGUCAAAAGGAUUACAGCUGGUGUUUGAGAAUCUAAAACCACAUUUGGGGGACGACUGUGUCUACAAAAAGGCUACCAGUUCUACAUCGCUCCCAAUGGGAUCAUAAAAAUACUCUAUGAAAAGCUACUGAGUGUACAGGCGAGUCACGAAGCGCAAACUCAAGUUAUUCUUGUUGGAACAAGCCAGAAACCAGGUGACCAGGGUAAGAGUUGCAGUUAUCGUUAUUGGAAAAUGAAUUUUUCGUUGAAGUGACUUUGCAGAAAUCCACUAGAGCAGUAUUCACCAUGUCUUUGAGUAAGACCCUCGAGCUGGAGCACUUUGACGAACGCGAAAAGGUCCGCCGGGGGCGCUCCACCCGCACUAAGAGAGAUGACUCCACCGCCAGCGCUGGCGGCGGCGGGUCCGGCCCCAGCUCCAGGGGCAGCAGCUUGGUCCCUAGCCCCGCCCACAGCGCCAACUGCAGCUACUAUCGGACCCGAACCCUGCAGGCGCUCACCUCGGAGAAACGGGCCAAAAAGGUGCGAUUCUACCGCAACGGAGACCGGUACUUCAAGGGUCUGGUGUACGCUGUUUCCAGCGACCGGUUCCGCUCCUAUGAUGCACUGCUGAUGGAGCUGACGCGUUCGUUGGCGGAUAACCUGCAUCUGCCACAAGGGGUGCGCUCGAUUUACACUAUAGAUGGCAGCAAGAAGAUCACCAGUAUGGACGAGCUGGUCGAAGGUACAACUUUAUUUUUCCUUUGCCUUGUUACUGCCUUUUUCUUGACAUUAAUUUAG